AUGUCUUCCAACAUAAGAAGUAUGCACUUCGCCCUCUCGUCGGGCCGAUCAAGAACAUGCGUGGAAACCUCCUCGUCCCCCGCGUCCUCCGCGUUAAGGUUUCGACUGAGAAAUCUGUAUGGGAAGGACGUCUGGGUGUGCUCAAAUCAGAGUAACGAUGAUGUUGCUGACCCAAAGGUGCUUCAAGUUCAUGAGGUCGACCUUGACAUUCGUCAAAAUACGCAUGAACACCACACAAACGAGUUUGACAUCACCGAUUCCCGCGUUUACGAUUCCAGGGAGGUCUUGGUCAUACGGCGUGGUCAGACGUUUCUUGCACACGUGACUUUUAACCGCGCGUUUGAUCCAAACAAAGACGACUUGAAACUAGUCUUCGAAUAUGGGAAAUGUCCCUUAGCAUCAAAGGGGACAAGGAUUGAACUCAUUAUGUCGGAUAAAGACGUGAGUAACGAAUGGGGAGCUUGGAUCGAGUCCAGUGAAGACGCGUUGACCUCACUUCAAAUAUUGACGCCACCAAAAUUAGCCAUCGGAAAAUGGAAGCUAAAAAUUGAUGUCAUCAAGCGUGAGGAGUCAAAUAAGACCACGUAUAGAUACGUGCACAAGGACCCAAUCUAUAUUCUCUUCAAUCCUUGGUGCGAAGACGACAGCGUAUAUAUGCGUGACGAGGGCGGUAAACUGCUUAGGGAGUACAUUCUGAACGAGACUGGAAAAAUAUACGUGGGAAACAAAAAGAAAAUAUCUCCAAGAAUGUGGGUGUUUGGUCAGUUUACAGGUGAUGUUCUUGAUUGUGCACUGUCCCUUCUAGACCAGGCAAAAAUCAGAGACCAGGCGAGGAGCAACCCCGUCGUUAUCGCAAGAAAACUGUCAGCUCUUGUGAAUUCCUCCAAUGGCAACGGUGUGUUAAUGGGCAACUGGGAUGGGGACUAUACAGGCGGCACUUCGCCGCUGGAGUGGACAGGGAGUUGCGCCAUCCUUGAACAGUACUUCCGCACCAAGGAGCCCGUCCGCUACGGACAGUGCUGGGUUUUCUCCGGAGUCCUUACUUCCGUUUGCCGAGCCUUGGGUAUACCGGCGCGGAGUGUAACCAACUUUUCGUCAGCACACGACACCGACGGGAGCAUCUCCAUCGACACACAUUUUAACACCGAUGGUGAACCACUCGAAAAAUACAACAAAGACUCAGUCUGGAACUUUCACGUCUGGAAUGACGUGUGGAUGGCCCGUCCAGACCUCCCGGUCGGAUAUGGCGGCUGGCAAGCUGUCGAUGCCACACCACAGGAAGCCAGUGAUGGUGUGUACUGUAUGGGUCCAACGUCGCUGCGCGCGAUCCGGGAAGGAAAAGUGAGUCUGCAGUACGACGGACCGUUCUUGUUUUCGGAAGUCAAUGCGGACGAGGUCUACUGGAUGGUCGAAGAGGAUGGAUCCAUGGACAAACGCAUGUUUCAGAAUAGUGUUGAAAAGGCUAAAAUUACCGACCGAGACGCGCGACAUAAGAAAUUGUGUAGCGAUGUGGAGAGGGAAGAUGUCACCGACCAGUACAAGUUUCAGGAAGGCUCGGAAGAGGAGCGAGCGGCUGUAAGGGAGGCAAACCUCCACUCCACCGUGGAGGGCAUCUAUGAAACCGCGGACGAGGAUGUGGAGUUUCAACUUUGCUAUGACAUUGACACCUUUGUUGGCGAAGAAAUCAAGGUGACCUUGACCGCGCAGAACAACAGCGCCACUAAGCGGACCGUAAUGGGCACCCUGGUCCUUGGCACCGCCUAUUAUACGGGCGUCUUUCACAAGGAGCUGUUGAAACAAAAAGUGGAUGUGGUCCUGGAGCCCAACAAAGAAAAAGAGCUAGAGUUCAAAGUCGACGCCGGAAUUUACCUUGACAACCUCGUUGACCACUGUAUAAUCACCAUUUCGUGCUUCUGUUUCGUCAAGGAGACCAGACAGCACUAUAUCGACCGGGACGAGCUCAGGCUCAGGAAACCUACCCUCACUAUUAAGGCACCCGUGUCUGCUGACAAUGGGCAGAGUUUCAAGGUAGAUGUAUCGUUUGAGAACAAGCUUCCAGUUCCGCUCACCAGAUGCGAGCUGCGCGUGGAGGGACCGGGGCUGCAGAAACCCGUCAUAUAUAGACAAAGGGACGUGAAUGCCAAAGGAACGUUUAUCGCGACGUUUCAAAUGACGCCGGUAAAGAGUGGCAAACGUGAUGUUGUCGUCUAUUUCAACAGCCGUCAAAUCUCUGGCGUCACCGCAUGCCACUCCAUCCAAGUUCUAAGACUGUCUUGCAAAAGUGAGGUAGACGGGAUGCAGCUGGCUGUUGCUAUGGACGACAUGAAACCACCGCGGCAACCAACAGAUUGUCGAGCAAUCAGUUUUGGAGCUCAAAUCAGGGACCUGGGAUCAUCUCUAACCACAGUGCGGCAGUUAAGAUAG